UCGUUGUACGCUGCUGCCUCAGUGGUCCCGUAGCAAAACAUGCCCGGACAUUGGAGGAGGCAGCCACAUAAAUAAAGACAACCCCGAACACUUUGUGCUGAUCCGUAGCGAUCAAAAAUUAACCACAAAAGAAAGCAUCCCUCUGGGGAACCGGAACACAUGACCCUGUGGUAGAAACGGAUUUUGUGCAAGGGUUUGGUGGCGUGUUUUCUUGCUUUAUUCUUCGCUUGCUUUGUGACCAUAGAGUGCACCAUCUUACCGGUCGGAGAGGCUUUCUCUAGAAGGAAAGAAAAAAAGUGUACACCACCAGGCUCAUCACACGCCACGCCACGCCAUUCCGAUGAAGAAUUCUGUGCCGCAGCAGUGAUUUCGUGACCAACUGUUACAGUUUGUUCCUAGGUACGCUAGUGUCGUUGUGCUGUGUGUGUGCAAGUGAAUGAACGUGAAAGUGAACGAAUUUCUCCCAACUGUACCAUUUAUGUUUAGAUUUAGUGCCGCUUGUGUUCCUUGACGUUGAGAGGCUUCUGUGUAAGAAACGUUGGGAGUGCGUAGAAUCUUGUGGAAAACUCUUCCCCAAUUGGCCUAUAGAACGUUUCUGAGCGAACGAAGCAGUGAAAAUAAAUUAGAACCGUAGAAAAAGGCUGUAGAGCUUGUGGCGUCCUCUAUAUAUACACACACACACCAUCAGUAAUCCCCGUCACAAUGAGACGAAGAUUGAUCCGGGAGUUUCUGGUCCCGAUGGUGCUGACGGUUCUGCUCUGGACGAGACUGGCCGAUGUCCACGCCGAAGAAGUGGACGACAUCCCGGACGAGGGGGAAGACAUCUAUGCCGACGAGUACGACGAUACGUACGACGAGGACGACCGAGAUGUCAGUAACCCACUGCCUGGUGGUGGUCCACCCCAUCCUGUAAGGGAUGCAGGUGAUGGUGACAGUGACAAAUCGAGAGCAUCGUCAUCCUCCACGACUACAACUUCCGGGACGACUAAACCAGCAGCAACCACCGGUCCACCUUCUCCCGUUGUCAUUUUUGGUGAAGUGGACGAUAAUUCCAUGGAGCAGCAAGACUUUGCGUGUCCAGGCGAGUGCAGCUGUUCGAAGGACACGAAGUACAUCAACUGUUCCCAUCGUGGACUAACGGAGCUGCCCAACAACCUUCCCAGCAAUGUCGUGGUGCUAAAUUUGAACCACAACAACCUGAAGCGCCUCAAUGUGGAAGCAUUGCAGAACUGUACCCGCCUGACGGAGCUACACCUGGCGGGCAAUGCGAUCGAACAGUUUGACAAGGAGCUGCUGCUAAAGCUGGACGCACUGGACCUGCUGGAUCUUUCCUCCAACCAGCUAUCCCAUCUGGAUAGCGAUAGUUUCAGCGAGGCAAGCAAAUCGCUCCGCCGGCUGCAUCUGAGCGACAAUCCGAUCGUUUUGCCGGACAGUGGACCGUUUCUGGUGCUGCCCGAUCUGGAGCACCUGCACCUGGCCGGUUGCAACAUGACCGAGCUGCCAGACGAAACGUUCACGGAGCUGGGCGGUCUGACACUGCUCGAUCUCUUCGGCAAUCAGUUCGAUGAGGAUAUGAGCGUGGACAUGUUUGAGUCGUUGAAGAAUCUGAUACACCUAAGGCUACCCCCACUGUCGGAGAGCACCGUACGCGAACUGUGCGAAAAGGUGGAGCGGAUCGAUGUGGUCGACAUAACGGCGCACAACAUCAGCUGCUUCUAUCUGGCCUCGGAGUCGUCGUUCGAGGACAGCAUCAUAGUGGAUGUGCCGAAAACGCCCGAGCCUAUAAUGACAACCAAAGAACCAACAACACCCCGACCAACGCGUAAGGUACAGAAAAACGUAAACGAAAUCAUGCAGGAUUACAAGUCUUCAACCUCCAAACUGCAAUCAUCCGAUCUGGCCCUUCAAACCACCACCAGCUCACCACCGUUGUUGAAUCAGCAGAGUGAAAGCAAACUCGCUAACGCUAGCUCGCAGGCCAGUGGAGGAUCACCGGCAUCGGCCUCGAUCACGCACACCGGCGACACACCGACCGUGGAUGAUGAUGUUGUCAAAACGUCCUCAACCGGAGCCGAACAUCGUGCCGACGGGGGUGACGGGUCCCUGCUCUCCUCGAUAUCGCCCGAAACGAUGAAACAGUCGCUGAUGGCCAUCAUAGGCGUCACAGUGCUGGCACUCAUCAUUGGGCUGAUCUGUCGGCGAACCGGCAUCAAGAACAAGCUGUGCGGUACGAAGCGACGCCCGGCACCGACCGACCAGGUACGGCCCGCCGAGGAAGUCCCGCUCAACAAGGUCUAAGACAGCCACCAACGCAGGAAAGCCCUGGGUGGAGAACAAACUGAGUAGAAAGGAUCAUUUUGGGGGCCACAGUUGAGGGAAUUAGAGAAGACAUUUAGAAAAGUUUCACACACCCAACAACGCGCAGGCAUGCGUCUGAAUGGUGGGGUGAUUGAAUGCGCCAAGAAUUAAAUUCGGCUCGAAUUUCUUCUCCCAGCGCUUCGCUCAGCGCAAGUAUGAUCGUGCAUGUGAUAUUACUUACAAAGUAUUAGGUAACAUCGUCUUCGAUAAGCAGUGUCGGUACAUUCGGAGCGCAGACCGAGCAACAGACGUCGGUGUAAAAGCGAUUUUGUGUUUCUGUUGUAAAUAGUUCAUCCAUCUUUUUUUCUAAACGCAAAAGAGAAGCACAUAAUAGCUGUAGUGCGUGCAGAGAAGCGAAAGCAUCAUGACGCGAUUAUUGCCACAAACUUUACCUUUAUUAUGUAUGUCUUAGGUUGCCACUGAAGAGGAGAUAGCUAGCUAUAGGAGGGGCACACAUUACUAUCAUAUCCAAACAUAGCUACAGUAAAGCUAUGCAAUGAAAGUUGUGACAUUUUGUAAAUGUAGGACGGGCAGCAAAACGUGUCUUGCAAUAAAUUUCAUACUUCCUUUCCUCAUUCAUCAUCACACACAUACACACACACGGAAUAUGCAGCGGCACACCGUCAGUGUUGCUUGUGACCAGUGAAAUAGAAUAGUACGCUAAAUUGCUGUGUAAAACACCAAAUAGGGGGCACCAAAUGGUAGGAAUGGCAAGGUAGAAAUAGAAACAAGCAACAUAAAAAUCACUACUAACGUUUAAUAGUUAACGAGGGUUAGUAAGCUGCGCGAAAAAAAGAACAUAAUCUUAGAGGCUUGUUUUUUGGAUUUUUGCUUACUGCAUUUUUGCAAGAUUUGAUGCGUUUUUGUGUUGACUAAUAGAACAAAGUAGCACAGCAGAGGACCAAUCUAUUCAGCUUUGUGUUCCAGAGCUGAUCUUUUCCGGGAAAAGUUUAUUUUGUUACAGGAAAUAUAACACAAUCCACAGGGGCGGUGGUAGUAAUAGCACUAGAAGAGGGGACACAGAAGUAGUAAUGGUAGCGCAAUAAUUUAAGACACAAUUGCUGCUAGAGCAUUUAAUUGUAUUUGGAUAAUAUGUUUGUUCAGCUUGUAGCGAAACACUAUACAGACACACCAUUUUUGGAUUGUAGCAG